AUGUCGACCCUCCGAUCAUUACCGACUGCGACAAGCUCAAAGUAUGUCCCUCCAGAUGCGCCUCAAGCGUAUCUACGUCAAGUCGUAGUGCACAUGUUAUUGAAAAGGGGUUUUGAAGGUGCCGAAGCGGGAGCUUUAGCUGAGAUUGAACGAUUACUUGAACAUCAUAUAACGAAUACAUUUGAAGACUCUGUCGAAUAUGCUCAUUUGAGUGCAAGGAAAGAUGUCAAUGCCAUAGAUCUCUUGUCGGCUCAAGAAAAUUCUGGAUGGGGAGUGAAGAGGAUGAAAAGAGAGUCAAAGCGAAAGAGGGGUAAAGCCUUAUCAAUUCACUUUAACCCCUCACCUCCUCCUUCACCUACACUGCAAUCUCUCUCUUCCAUAAUUCAAGAUGAUUACGAGCCCUCUGAUAAUCAAUAUCAAGAUCUCAAACCUGAUGUAUCAAAUAUACACACAGUGAAAGGAAGGAAAUUACCUUAUGGUCAAGAUUGGACACCCAUCUUACCUGAUAAAUGGACUCUCAUCUCGCCUUCAUCAGAUGAUGAUAUAGUAAAAGAUGAAACUCACGAUCAACCCGUACAAGUAACUUCGGCUUUGUUAGAUUUUAUCAAACUUACAGCUACUGAAAGAGGUGAUAUACCACCUGAACUAGGAGUGGUGGAUUAUCGAAGAGCAGGUACUAAAGAUGAUGCCUCGAUGUCGAAUCAACAAGGGAACGUAAGGGGCAAAGCUGGCAAGAGGAAAUGGGGUGUUAAAGGGGUUUCUGUCAAGUAG